UACCAGAAGAUCCAACAGUCUUAAAUCUCCUCCUCCAGCAACACCAUUAUUAACCAAAACCCUGCGCUCUCUUCCGCCACCGCACCACCACCAUCCCUGCUACUGCACCGCCACCUGAGGCGCACUCGGAGAGCAUCAGAGGAUGUCAAGACCGGAGUUUCAAGCUCCUCCGGAGAUUUUCAGAGCGCACCGCACCACCACCAUCCCUGCUACUGCACCGCCACCUGAGGCGCACUCGGAGAGCAUCAGAGGAUGUCAAGACCGGAGUUUCAAGCUCCUCCGGAGAUUUUCUACAAUGAAUCAGAAGCUAGGAAAUAUACUUCUUCUUCUCGUAUCACUGAAAUUCAGGCAAAACUUUCCGAGAGAGCAUUAGAGCUUCUAGCGUUGCCCGAUGAUGAUGUUCCGCGGCUGCUACUUGAUAUUGGUUGUGGCUCUGGACUUAGUGGAGAAACGUUAUCUGAGAGUGGACACCAGUGGAUUGGUUUAGACAUAUCUGAUUCGAUGCUUAGCAAGUGUAAUGGUCAGUUUUUUUUUUUUGGAAAGUUGAAUUGCCCUUGCGCUCGAUUUUCAUUUGAUUAAUUUAAGUUUUGAUUUAAUAAAUAGAUGCUGCGAUUGGAGUGGGUUUCCAUUUAGGGAAAUUAUCAAACAACUCACUUUUUUCCUUCCCCAACACACCUAAUUGUCAUCCGUAGUAGUGUGACCACAACAAUA